CAUUGGACAUAGGACAGACUGUCGUGUUCUUUCAAAUUGUCCCAAGAUGUCGUUGUCGAAAUAUCUGUCUCCCCCGUUGACUUCCCUUCCCCUGUGUCUCCCUCGUUACUAUGGUGGAGUGAUUCUUGUGGGUGUAGGUGCUCUCGGGCUUAACAUGUAUUUUGUCCGUCGAGUUAUCAAGGCUCGUAAGGAACACAAUGUUGAAUUACCUCUUCUUUACCAUCCAACCAACAAAGUUUUCAACUGUAUUCAAAGAGGACAUCAGAAUUAUUUGGAGGUUCUGCCUUUCUUCCUCAUGACGUUGUUCGUUGGUGGUUUACGUUAUCCGCGCACAUAUACUGCUUGUGGUGCGAUAUUCCUUAUUGGUCGUCUGUUAUACUUCCAAGGGUAUGCCACUGGAGAUCCCGCAAAGCGUCGUAAUGGUGCUGUUGCCAUGGUUGGUGGAAUUCCAAUGAUACUGGGUCUCCUUGUUUUCGGUGUUCAGCAUUUAGUAGCCAGUAUAAGAUGUACUUCUUGUGCAUUACGAGGUUAAGACAGACCUUUGGUGGUACUAUAGGAACCUACAUUCAUGGUGAUUUGAACAUUUGAUCUCUUCAUACAAUAUUAGACCUUAUUUUUAUCAAUAUCAUGCAUGCAUUUAGAAUAAAGUGUUAAUUAACAGA